GAGAUUUGUUAAAUAUUUUCAUUAUAAUUAACAUGUGUUUAAAAAUAUCCAGAAUUUAUUGUAUAUAUUUUAUUUAUUCUAGGAGGAUAUUCAAAUUUUUUAUUUAGAUUUUUAAAAUAUUCUUUUUAUUUAGCAAAUAAUGCCUCCCUUCAAAGCAGUUGAACACCCCAAAUGUCCUAAAUGCGGUAAAUCAGUCUAUGCCGCGGAAGAAAGGCUGGCCGGCGGUUAUCAUUGGCACAAAUUUUGUUUCAAAUGCGAUCUUUGCAACAAAAUGCUCGAGAGUACUAACGUAACCGAACACGAAGGAAAAUUAUAUUGCAAGCAAUGUCACGGUAGAAAAUUCGGUCCUAAAGGUUACGGUUUUGGUGGGGGAGCUGGAGCACUUAGCAUGGACACUGGAACCCAUUUGGGCAAUUAUGAAGGAGGCGAAAUGACGAACGUUCCAACUUCACAUUUAGGAAAAGAUGCAACAGGGAACGCUGCCCCUCCUGGUAAUGAAGUAUGCUCCAGAUGUGGAAAACCUGUUUAUUUUGCCGAAAAAUUGAUUGGUGCUGGCAUGCCUUGGCACAAAAAUUGUUUCCGUUGUGCUAAAUGUGGUAAGCCUUUAGAUUCAACAACAGUCGCUAAUAAUGAAGGAGAAAUAUAUUGCAAAUCUUGCUAUGGAAGCUUGUUUGGCCCGAAAGGGGUUGGAUUUGGAGUUGGAGCUGGAUGUCUUAGCACUAAAUAAUCUCUAAAAAAUAUCAAUAAAAGUGUCACAUAUACCAAUUUUGCUUUAAAUGUACUAUAAUUCGUUUUUAUUUAAAUUCGGCUUUGCGAUUAGUCAAGGAUAUAAUAAUAUAAUAUAAUUAUUACUUAGAUGUAAAAAAUUUUUUUUUGUCUUUUACCCACCAAUUUCAUGAUCUAAACUUAAAAUUUAUUUUUGCCUAGAAAAUUUUUUUUUACUAUUGAAUAAUAUAUCAUUCAUAAUAUGGAAAUAAAAAAUAUCAUCGUC